UGCCAACCUCCAUGUUCCUGUCUGGUCUCUUUGUCUGAGAAACGUUUUCUUUCAUUACAUCUUUCGAAGAUUAGUUUUGUUCGUUGGUUGACAAAGAAAGCUUUCAAUUCCCUCUUCUUUUUAAAGUUUUCUCCUUUUCUUUUUAUAUGGAAAACAAAAACCAAUCGACUGGCUCUUCUUCAACUUUGCAUCAUCUCCUUGCUCCCAAGGAUCCUUCUUCUUCUUCAUCUACAACAAGUGCGAUUCUUGGGAGCAUUUUCCCACCUCCUACCAAGGUUCCAGGAAGGGACUCCGAUCACUCCGGAAUUGGGGGUUCAUGGGAUAAUCAUCAUGGAAAAUUUGCAAAUCCAGAUGGAAAGGGACAAAGCAGUGGCACAACUAACAAAGACAAUAACUCAUCCUUUUAUCAUAACGAAACGGUGGAGCCUACCUACCUCAGCUCAUCUAUCUACUAUGGUGGCCAAGAAAAUUAUUCUCCAAGGAAUAAAACCACAGGAGCACCCCACUACUUCAAAAAGGAGGGGGAAGAUGAUGAUCCAAAUGGGAACAACUCCACUGGUGCUUCAAGAGGGAAUUGGUGGCAAGGCUCACUGUACUACUAACAUCUCAGGCAGCCCAAUGCUGUAAGGAAACUGCAUCCUGAUCAACCUUAUAAUUACCAUGAAGAAAUAAGCCGGUAGAUAGCUAGCAGAAGUGUAGAAGCUAUUUGUGUGUGUGUGUGUGAAGGUAUCUAGGUCAGAGUGUUUGUGGAAUCUUGUUGUUCUACUUUUAUUUUCACUAACUUCUAAAUCUCCGGUGUACUGAAUGAUGCUAUAUGGGAAUUUUGCCCACAUGGGAAUCUAUUAAUACUAUAUGUUCACAUA